UUAUGUAAACCUCUGAACGUCAUCGUUUUGUUACUUGCCCUUAUUGUCAUUAUAGGCCCAUAGCCCAACAAUUAUGCAAACCAUAUAACAUAUAUGUUGGCCCAUUAACGCAAAUUUUCAGUUUUUGUUUUUUAAGAAGAAAAUUGAAAUUACAAUUUCUGCCUUCUGGUAAUAAAGGCAUUGCAUAUUUUAAAUGAUGAUGAUGAAUUGAUGAUGAUGAAUUGAUGACUUAUGGUCGAUGAAGACUUACAGAGCAUUGAGCUCAUAGUUUUGUAAUAAGACGAUGACGUUAUACGAGCGAGAAACUCAACCGCUAUGGCUUCCGACUGAGAGAAAGUGUUUUAAUCUUCUCCAACAAUGUCAUCGCCACGGCAGAUUCUCGCUUCUUCAGAUUCAUGCUUUCAUGCUCCGCCACGCCAUAGAGACCAACGUUCAAAUUUUCACCAAGUUCUUGGUUUGUUCUUCGUCGGUUGUUGGGAUUUGUUAUGCCCGUAAGUUGUUCGAUCAAAGGCCUCACAGAGAAGACAGUUUCCUCUGUAACUCCAUGAUCAAGGCCUAUCUUGAAACUCGUCAGUAUACUGAUUCGUUUGCUCUUUACAGAGAUCUUAGAAAGGAGGAGACUUGUUUUGCUCCUGACAAUUUUACUUUCACGACUUUGACAAAGUCGUGUACUUUGAGUUUGUGUGUUUACCAAGGUCUACAGUUGCAUAGCCAGAUUUGGAGAUCUGGGUUUUGUGCAGAUAUGUAUGUUUCGACUGGAGUUGUUGAUAUGUAUGCUAAAUUUGGGAAGAUGGGAUGUGCGAGGAACGUGUUCGAUGAAAUGCCUCGGAGAAGUGAGGUUUCUUGGACGGCUCUAAUCUGUGGGUAUGUUAGGUGUGGAGAGCUGGAUUUGGCGAGUAAGCUCUUUGAUGAGAUGCCUCAAGUCAAGGACGUUGUAAUAUAUAACGCAAUGAUGGAUGGUUACGUUAAGUCUGGUGAUAUGACCUCUGCCAGAAGAUUGUUUGAUGAGAUGACUCAUAAAACUGUUAUCACGUGGACCACUAUGAUACAUGGUUACUGCAACAACAAUGACAUAGAAUCUGCGAGGCUUUUGUUUGAUGCUAUGCCGGAAAGGAACUUAAUUUCUUGGAAUACAAUGAUAGGAGGAUACUGUCAGAAUCAAAAACCUCUUGAAGCUGUAAGAUUGUUUCAAGAAAUGCAGGCAACCACCUCUCUAGAUCCGGAUGAUGUGACUAUUGUGUGUGUGCUACCAGCUAUUUCUGACAUGGGUGCUCUCAGUCUGGGUGAAUGGUGUCACCAUUUUGUGCAGAGGAAAAAGCUCGAUAAGAAGGUGAAAGUGUGUACUGCAGUUCUUGAUAUGUACUCGAAAUGUGGGGAGAUAGAGAAGGCGAAAAGAAUGUUUGAUGAGAUGCCAGAGAAAGAAGUAGCCUCUUGGAAUGCUAUGAUACAUGGGUAUGCUUUGAAUGGGAAUGCACGUGCAGCUUUGGAUCUAUUCUUGGCAAUGCUGAAAGAAGUAAAGCCAGAUGAGGUCACAGUGCUUGCAGUUCUCUCAGCUUGUAACCAUGGCGGAUUAGUGGAGGAAGGAAGAAAGUGGUUCCACGUGAUGAGAGAAGAAUUUGGCCUGAAUGCUAAAAUUGAGCACUAUGGCUGUAUGGUUGAUAUACUUGGCAGAGCAGGGAACCUAGAUGAAGCAGAGGAUUUGAUUACAAACAUGCCUUUUGAGCCAAACGGUAUAAUUCUAAGCUCUUUCUUGUCUGCAUGUGGUCAAUACAAGGAUAUAGAAAGGGCUGAGAGAAUUCUGAAGAAGGCAGUUGAAAUGGAGCCUCAGAAUGAUGGGAAUUAUGUUCUGUUGAGGAACUUGUACGCUGCAGAUAAAAGAUGGGACGAUUUCGGGAUGGUGAAAAACAUGAUGAGGAAGAACGAAGCCAAGAAAGAGGUUGGUUGUAGCUUGAUUGAGAUAAAUUAUAUCGUUUCUGAGUUUAUAUCAGGAGAUACAGCCCAUCCUCAUCGGCAAAGCAUACAUAUGGUUCUCGAGAGGCUGCUUAUGCACAUGAAAGAGGAGGAAGCCAACUGGUGAAAGUAACUCACAGUUUCAUGUUAGUUCAUCACAUGCUACUCAAUAUGAGAUACUUGGGCCAUUAAGAGUUAGUAGUAGCAUUCUAAGAGAGGUUACCAUGUUCAGACCAAUGGACUCAGAGAACUUCCAUGUUCCUCAACAGUGGAAAAUUAAAAAAAGCUCCAUAUCCAGUUCUUUGUUUGGUAUGUCUCUGCAGUGCUAUGAAACAGCUCCACUAGCUCUUGGAACAAAGAUAUUAGCAUCUGAAGCUUUGGCUCAUGAAUGGGAUAGCAAAAGACUGAAUCAAAGAUAUGUAAGGAUUAGUUGCAUCAUCUCGAUCAGAGUGCAGUGUACUACUGUAGUACCAGUGUGCGGCACACUGUGUGCCUGAAAAACCCCUAAACCCCGAAUCACAGAAGGAUUAUCAAGCAGGAAAGAAAAGAGAGAAGAAGAAGAUCAUGGAAGACGACAAAUCUGGUGCUCCUCUUCCUGCGGAUCCUGUCCUCCCUGGUGCGGCUCCUUACCCUCUGUCAAUUGAGAGAAGAAAUGGACAAGACACUCUUUGCUGCAUACAUCGCAAAGGAUGAAGAGAUCGCCAAUAAAAAGGCGAAAUUAGAUGCGCUACGCAAGGAAAUUAAGAAACUACAAGAUGGGGAGAGAGGACUGAACUGAGACUGACUGACAACAAGUAUAGCAGCGACUCGACAAGUGUGAUACAGAAACAUUAAUCAAAGCAAAUGAUAUGACUAUUAACGAGUAACAUAAACACUUUAAAAAACCUCAGA